UCUGCCCGCAGAUGGCUCAGCCACAAAGGAGUGAGGCAGAAACGGCUCAACGACUGGCUGGGAAUCAAAAACGACCACAUCGACGAGACCUAUUUUAUGAACGAAGAGGACGAGAAUCUUCCGCACUACGACGAGAAGACGUGGUUUGUCGGGGAUCUCAACCGGCUGCAGGCGGAGGACCUGCUCCACGGGAAGCCCGACGGAGCCUUUUUAAUUCGCGAGAGUAGCAAGAAGGGGUGCUACGCCUGCUCCGUGGUGGCGGACGGCGACGUCAAGCACUGCGUCAUCUACAGCACGGCGCGAGGCUACGGCUUCGCCGAGCCCUACAACCUGUACGGCAGCCUCAAGGAGCUCGUCCUGCACUACCAGCACACGUCCCUGGUCCAGCACAACGACUCGCUCAACGUGCGGCUGGCCCACCCCGUGUACGCACAGCCGCCCUCGCACUGCAGAUAGGCGGCGCUUUUCUACGGUUUUUACGUGCGUGCCGGACCCCGAGGCGGCGGGGCGGCCGGCCGAGGCCUCCUUUCUACUCAGACUGCUGGUUUUGCACAAGAUUCUGUGAAUGUGAAGCAGAGGGGCCUGGGGCCGGCCGGCCAGGGGGUCAGGGCCGCCGACGGCCAGGACGGCCAGGACGGGGACCCCCGCCACGAGCCGAGCCGGCGGCUGUGCUUG